GCGUCGAGAGACUGGCCAGCCAUACUGAAAAUUAUACGCAAAAUCAAAAGUCAACGCAAAAUCAACUCAGUGUCGCCGCGUAUAAAACCUCAUUCGUAUAAACUUUAUAGUGGUUGAGAAAUAGUGACCCCAGUGUAGUGUAACAAUGAAUGAAGAUAACUCUGUUAGUGAUGACUUAAAACGCCAAGCGGCUAUGUUUUAUAACUCAACGGAAAGAGAACGAAUACAAGAACCCAGAAAACACAAGACAUCAUGGCGGUUUUGGGAGCAACGAAGAUUGGUGGUCGCUCUGCUGGCUUUCUUCGGCUUCUUCAACGUAUACGCCCUGAGAGUAAACUUAUCCGUCGCCGUGGUGGCGAUGACAGAACCCAUGGAAGUCGCACUGGAAAAUGGAACCAUUGUUUAUGUUCCUGAAUUCGACUGGUCGUAUCAAACAAAAGGGCUCGUGUUGAGUUCAUUCUUCUAUGGCUACAUCAUCACUCAGCUACCCGGCGGCUGGCUGGCUGCUAAAAUAGGAGGUAACAGGAUGUUCGCGAUAGGAGUCGGCGCUACAUCCCUUUUGACGCUCUUCACUCCACCACUGGCGCACACCAGCACCGCGUUACUGAUCGCAGUGCGUGUUAUGGAAGGGUUGUUUGAGGGCGUGACGUACCCGUGCAUCCACGCAGUGUGGUCCCGCUGGGCUCCGAGCGAGGAACGCGCUCGACUCGCGACGUUCGCGUUCAGCGGCAGUUACGUCGGCACCGUUGUUGCGAUGCCCAUAAGUUCCACGCUAACGCAUUACACCGGCUGGCCGGGUAUUUUUUAUGUCUUCGGUAUAUUGGGUUUGGUGUGGACGACUAUAUGGUGGCUCGUUGUCAAGGAAUCUCCGGAAAAAGAUCCCCAUAUAACGGCCUCUGAACUGAAAUAUAUACAGGAGUCCCGGGGAGCUCUAGCAGUGGAGGGGACACAAAUUCGACACCCGUGGAAAGCGAUGUUGACUUCUGGACCUGUCUGGGCUAUAGUUAUGGCCCACUUCAGCGAGAAUUGGGGCUUUUAUACGCUGCUCACAUUCCUCCCUACAUUUAUGCAAGAUGUAUUUAAGUUUCAAACGUCACAAACCGGUUGGCUAUCGGCUGUUCCGUACUUAGCAAUGGCGGUGGUACUGCAAGUGGCUGGUCACAUGGCGGAUUGGCUGCUGAAAAUGGAGAUUUUGUCGAGAACCAACAUCAGGAAAUUGUUCAACUGCGGUGCCUUUCUAGCUCAGACGAUUUUCAUGGUAGCGGCUGCGUAUGCUCCCUCGGUGUCGGGCUGUGUCGUAUGUCUCACAAUUGCCGUCGGACUCGGAGGCUUCGCUUGGUCUGGUUUCAGUGUUAACCACCUGGACAUCGCCCCCCCACACGCUAGUGUACUGAUGGGACUUUCAAAUACUAUCGCCACGCUUCCUGGCAUUAUCAGCCCACCAUUAGCCGGUUCCAUAGUAACAGAUAGGACGGCCGAACAAUGGCGAAUCGUAUUCUUCAUAUCCAGCGCAAUAUAUCUGCUGGGUGCAAUUAUAUACGGCGUGUUUUGCUCCGGUAACAAACAGCCGUGGGUUGUGGAAGUUGACAGCGACGCAAGCUUCGAUACAGAUGGCGCCUCCGUCACAACAGCAAGAGGCUACGAUAAUAAAGCCAUGGAUAGAAGUUCCGAAAUGUAGAAUAUAAUUUCGUGUGAUGAAAUUUUAACGUAAUGAUUUGUGGAUCUUUUUUAUAGCAUAAAUUGUAUUUAGUGUUAACUGUAAGUUGUUGUGCUCAAAUGUAAAGAAUCUAGAAAUAUUUCACAAGCACGUGAGAAGCGAAUAAUAGAAGUCUAGACUUUUUUUUAUUUUAGAUCGUUUUUUUUUUAUUUCUGACUCAAAAUGUAUGACAAAUAUUAAUGAUGGACUAUGAUCCUCAAGAGCUCGAAAUAAAAGGGUUGAAUUAUUUAAAUGCAAGAAUAAAUGUAUUCCUAGCGUCAUAAAUGACGCAAACUCGUACGAAAAUUCUUUGUAUUGUAAACGUCAAUGUUAAUCUGAUAUAUUAUUAUUUU